GCAUAAAGCAAAAACCAUUUCAAAAAGGAAAGGAUUGUAAAAUAAUUGUGGUGAUAAUAAUGGGCAAGCUCUUAUUGGUAAUGUUAGUUGGUCUUGUCAUGGCUUUCCAAAGCUCGGGAACUCUUGAUUAUGGCCAUGCACUAAACAAGUCCAUCUUGUUCUUUGAAGGCCAACGAUCCGGAAAACUCCCGGCUACACAACGUGUCAAUUGGCGAGCUGAUUCUGCCCUCACCGACGGUUCACCGGAUAACGUAAAUUUGAUUGGAGGGUACUAUGAUGCAGGUGACAACGUAAAAUUUGUGUGGCCAAUGUCAUUCACUACAACCUUAUUGAGUUGGGCCGCUAUUGAAUACCAAAAAGAGAUUUCUUCUGUACACCAACUCGGUUAUCUCCGGUCUUCUAUUAAAUGGGGAGCCAAUUUUAUCAUCCGGGCUCAUACUUCUCCCACCACACUAUAUACACAGGUAGGAGAUGGGAACGCAGAUCAUGCUUGUUGGGAGAGGCCAGAAGAUAUGGACACACCCAGAACUCUAUACAAGAUAUCGUCCUCUUCCCCCGGAUCUGAAGUCGCCGCUGAAGCCGCAGCAGCUCUUGCCUCCACCUCACUUGUUUUCAAAUCGUUCGACUCUAAAUAUUCAUCCAAGCUUCUAAGCCAUGCAAAAUCCCUAUUUGAAUUUGCUGAUCAGCACAGAGGUUCAUAUCAAGCAUCUUGCCCUUUCUACUGCUCACACUCAGGCUACAAUGACGAGUUAUUAUGGGCUGCGGCUUGGCUAUACAAAGCAACAGGAGAAAAUAAAUACCUAAGUUAUGUCAUAAGCAAUCAAGGUUGGAGCCAAGCCGUGAAUGAAUUCAGCUGGGACAAUAAAUUCGCCGGAGCACAGGCUCUACUCGCAUCAGAGUUCUACAACGGGAAGAAUGAGUUGGGAAAAUUUAAGAACGAUGUUGAGUCAUUCGUCUGUGCAUUGAUGCCAGGAAGUAGCUCUCAAAAAAUUAAACCAACUCCUGGUGGCCUUUUGUUUACUAGAGAUGGUAGUAAUUUACAAUAUGCAACAACGGCUGCAACAGUUCUGUUCCAUUACUCAAAAACUCUAACUCGAGCCCGGGUCAGUUCAAUCCAGUGUGGUUCAACCAAGUUCACAGUAUCACAAAUUCAUGAUUUCGCCAAAUCACAGGUUGAUUACAUUCUUGGAAAUAAUCCAAAGAAAAUGUCUUACAUGGUGGGAUUUGGGAACAAGUGCCCAACACAGCCUCAUCAUAGAGCCUCAUCUUUACCGUCAAUCAAAUCUAAGCCGGACAAAAUUGACUGCAAGGGAGGAUAUUCAUACUACAAUAUUGAUCAACCAAACCCGAAUAUGCAUACCGGCGCAAUUGUUGGCGGACCGGACUCGUCAGAUCACUAUAGCGAUAAAAAGACAGAUUACUCCCAUGCAGAGCCCACAACUUACAUCAACGCCGCCUUUAUUGGGCCCGUUGCAGCUCUGAUUUGCCAGAAGUCUAACUAGAGCACCGGGAACAAUUCUACCAGACAAACUCACUCUUUAGAUGUGCACAAACCAAAUAAAAUAAGAAUAUCACAACAACUAUUAGACAACAAAUUUUAAUAUUUAAUCAGGGGAUGUAUCAUUUGCUUCAAAAAUAUAUGGACAAACACAUAUAUCAUUGUAUAUAGCUUAAAUAUCUGAUUUCAAAUGUAUAUGGAUAUUAU